AUGGUUGACUCCACUAGGUUCCUCCACGAGACCAUUCAGAAUCAUGUCUUGACCCCCACCUUAUUGCCCAAUCUCCUCCGCGCGUCCAGGGCGGCACUUUUCCCUUCAAAUGCUCGCUCAACUCAGGCGGCCGGCGCGAACCAAGACGGCGCUCCGGCUCCGCAUUUGCCCGCACAACCGCCAGCGUCCCCUUCGGAAAUGAGCCCGCCUAGCGACGCCGCUGGCGCAACUAACGCCAGCAGUAGCGUCUUAACGACUAGUAUUUCCGCGACUGCGCCUUCCUUAUCGCCGGAACAGCGUCCUACCGCGGCCGAAAUCGCUUCUAUCAAGCGAAGGUGCGCGGUAAGCAUCCUGUCAUUGGUCCCUCGUCCCAUUGCGCAGCGCUUCUUGGGUGUUCCAGCGAAAAUCGUCAUUGGACAGACGCCCCCUGAGCGCCAAGAGCAUUUUAAGGCUCCCAAUGCACAGAGCUACCAACAUUCGGAACCAGUUUGUGCCUUAUCACCUGACCCAUUAUCAGACGAUGAUCUGGAAGAGUCGCUCCUUCUCGUGGCAAUUGAGAACGACAUCCUGGAUCUAUUCGCCGAUGAGUAUUGCAAUAAACAUCUAUCUACUCGAUCAUUGAAACCGUCCUAG